GAGUGAAUCGCUGCAUAAUCUCGAACUAUCAUGGCUGGCAGACAACUAUCGCUUCGAGCAUUCUUCCGCCAAUCGCCUAAAUCACCAUCCAAAGAAACACCGGAAGCAAGCUCAACGACACCACAACGAGAAGAGAAAUCCGACUCAACGAUUAACCUCAAGAGUACAUUCGGAUACAAUGAGGAGCGAGCAACUGAACCCCAUAUCUCAGAAAAGGACGCCUCAAAGGAGAAGCGCCAUCAACAGUUCGUUCAGCGAUUUGGCUUACUCGAAGAACAAGAACACGCUGCGAAAAAAAGGCGCGUCGAUGAACCGGACGAUUCAAUGAUCCCGGAAACCCCUCAGCUAGACAUAUCCAUGGAGGAUGAAACCAUGGGAGAACGCUUAAAUGAUGACGGCUACCCAUCCACAGAAGCGGCGGAAUAUGCAGAAUCACCAGAGCUCUCGAGCAAAUCAUCAAUGAAUCUCGCUCGAUUCUCCAACGCGUCAAAUCAAAAAUCGAGUACAACGAAAAAGGGAAAAGGCACAGUCUCAUCGGACAAGAAAUACACGCCACUUGAACUCCAAGUAUUUGAUCUAAAAGAACGAUACCCUGAUGUAUUGCUCGUCAUCGAAGUCGGCUAUAAGUUUCGGUUUUUCGGCGAAGAUGCAAAGGUUGCUUCCCGUAUACUGCAUAUUGCCCAUUUUAUCGACCGAAAUUUUUACACCGCAAGUAUCCCUGUCCAUCGGCUGGCAGUCCAUGUUCGAAGGUUAGUGGCAGCAGGAUACAAGGUCGGCGUGGUGCGUCAGACAGAGACCGCCGCGCUCAAGGCGGCGGGAUCCAACCGAAAUGCCCCUUUCCAGCGCGAACUUACCCAGCUGUAUACCAAAGGCACCUUUGUCGAUGAAAUGACCACUAGCGAGGUUGAAAAUGAGGCUCACGGUGUUUCCUCCUCCAACUACUUGAUGUGCAUUGUGGAAGAGAACCGUGGCGGGACCGCCGCCGAUGAAUUAGUGAGAAUAGGAAUCGUGGCCGUACAAACCGCCACCGGUGAUGUGAUGUAUGACUCUUUUGAUGAUGGCUACAUGCGCAGUGAAUUAGAAACGCGUAUCUUGCAUAUCGAGCCAUCAGAGAUCUUGAUAUCAACGUCACUCAGUAAACCCACAGAAAAACUCAUUCAGCACAUGUUAUUGCAAAGGACGGCAUCCAUACGACGUGAUUCAGCCCGUAUCGAACGUAUGCCAACCAAUGACAGUUUCUGUACAGAUGGGCAAACCGCGCUGAGUUAUGUUACCGACUUUUAUAUUCGACAAGGCAGUCAAGACUUGAUCUCAGAAAUAGUCAAACUACCGGACAUCAUCAUCAAAAGUUUGGCGUCUACACUACGGUAUCUCGGCGAUUUUGGACUCGAGGACGCACUUCAGUUGACCAAAUAUUUCGUUCAUUUUUCUUCCCGGAGUCAUAUGCUGCUCAACGGCAACACCUUGGCAAAUCUGGAAAUAUAUCGCAACAGCACCGACUACACAGAAAAAGGUUCCCUGUUCUGGAUACUCAAUCAUACACGGACCAGCUUUGGCAAACGGCUGCUAAAAAAAUGGAUUGGUCGACCGCUUAUUGAUGAGGACCAACUCAAUGAAAGAAUCAAUGCCGUUGACGAAUUGCUGGUUACCCAGAAUCCCAAAAAGGCUGAAGCGCAGGCGCUUCUUAAGCAACUCCCUGAUCUGGAUAAAGGGCUAUGCCGGAUACAUUAUCGUCGAUCGUCUCCUUCUGAAAUGGUCCAUGUAUUAGAUGCGUUACUGAAAGUCGCGAAUGCGUUCUACGGGGUACAAGAUUUGAACGAGCACAAAUUUACGUCGCCUUUGCUAGAACGCAUCUUUGCCGCGCUACCUUCUAUUCGUGAUGCCGUGAUGGGUUUCCGAUCCAACAUCAAUACAACCGCCAUUGAAAAACCAGACUGUAAACUGCAUCUGUUUAAAUCAGAAGAGAUCUGGCCUGCGUUGCCUGAGCAGAAAAAAAUCAUCGCCGGUAUCGAAAAGGAACUUGAUCAAUAUUUGGAGGAAGUGAGGAAGAGCACCAAGAUCUCAGCGUUGAAGUUCGUCACUGUGGCAGGCAUCGAGUACCUCCUCGAAGUGAAAAACAGCGACGUCAAAAAAGUGCCACCACAAUGGAUCAAGAUCAGCGGCACCAAGGCGGUGUCACGAUUUCACACGCCUCAUUUGCUGCAAAUAUUAAAGAAGCGAGAACGGCACCGCGAACUCCUUACCCUUGCAGCUGAAGAAGCUUAUAAGAAUUUCCUACAAUCGAUAUCCGAAAAAUAUGGCGAAUUCCGCGACGUGAUUCAAUAUUUGGCUCAGUUGGACUGUUUGCUGUCAUUGGCAACGGUAGCCGGUCUUCCUAACUAUGUCAAACCGAAAUUUACUAGUCGUACCCAACUCAAGGUCGUCAACGGAAGACAUCCUAUGGUUGAACAGUUUUUGAGUGGCUCCUAUGUACCCAAUGAUAUUGACUUUGACACGGAUAACAGUCGCACACUGAUCCUAACGGGACCCAAUAUGGGAGGAAAAAGCUGCUAUAUUCGCCAAGUGGCGCUUAUUACGAUCAUGGGGCAAAUAGGGUCCUAUGUGCCAGCCGAAUCUGCCGAGCUCGGUAUAUUUGAUGCCGUAUUCACGAGAAUGGGUGUGUUGGAUAACAUGAUGGCUGGCGAGAGUACAUUUAUGCUCGAGUUGCAUGAAACAUCCGACAUUAUGAAGCAAGCGACACCACGAUCGCUCGUCAUAUUGGACGAGCUAGGACGAGGCACCAGUACUCAUGACGGCAUGGCCAUCGCUUACGCUGUGCUGUAUCAUUUCAUCACCAAAAUUCAAUCCAUCACACUAUUUGUCACGCAUUAUCCAGCUUUGGCAGAAUUGGCUUAUCAGUUCCCGGAAUCCACCAAAAAUGGUUAUAUGAGCUUUCUCGAGGAUAAGGAAGGAGACAUACCGAAUAUUGUGUUUCUAUAUAAACUUGUAGAAGGCAUUGCUACGAAGAGUUACGGAUUGAAUGUGGCUCGUCUGGCGGAUUUGCCUCGUCAAGUACUAAAGACAGCGAAGCAAAAAUCGGAAGAGAUGGAAACCAUGCUAAGCGAACGAAUGACAGAAAGAAAAGAACAAUUAUUGCAGAGACUAUUGAAUUGCAUUGUCACCGAGAACAUUACCGAGGAGUUCAAGGAGAACGUUACUGCUUUCUUGUCAUCUUAACAAAAUCACGCCCACAACGAACCAACAGUAAUUCCAGUUCCACAUUCCCCUUUGUAAUUUUUUUUUCAAUGAAAUG